GUGUAUCGUACUGUCAUAGAAAAUAUAUUUAUUUGCCCCUGUAAAUUUGUACUUUGCGUCGUAAUCUGUUUCGAAAUAAUACAAUGAAUGCGACCAGUAAAUUGUGUCAAUUAAGACAGGCAUUGCAAAGUUGUAGGAAUUUACACGCUACACAUAUAGCUAGGAAUGCAUAUGAAGGUCCUGGUAAAACCACUGUCACGUUCAUCAGGAAAGAGAUUGGUGCUCGACUUCUGGUAACUCGAUGCGAUGAGACAGGAUUUACAUUCAACACUGGUACACGAGUGAUAGGACCAAUGAUGCUCUUCCCGAGGUACGCUAUCUGUUGGAACGUCGCGUCUGGCAAACACAUAAACGACUCAUCUUUGUCUCUGCUCACCGUCCUCGAGCCGAAACCUGAUCUCUUCAUCAUUGGAUUGGACGACAAAUACGAUUUUCUUUAUCUGAAAAGCCUCCGAGAAAUCGUGCAAAAGCUCGGUAUCACCACGGAAAUAAUUUCCGUGCGCAAUGCGUGUACCGUGUUCAAUUUUGUCAAUGAAGAAGGCAGAUAUGUCGUCGCGGGUUUGAUACCGCAAAAAGGGCCUGAACUUUUAUUAAAAUUGUCAAAGAGUGAACCUGUGAAACAAAUAACCGAUUCUAGUGAUACUACAAAUAGCAAAACAAACAGUGAAAAGACAGAGAAUGUAACAAAAUGAUAGAGAAUAUGUAAUAUAUACAAUAUGUACAAUUUUAGAAAAACGUAUUGAAUUAUAAUUAUAUGGUAUAAUAAUGUG